AUGCGCUUCGUCGUCUCCUUCCACACCGGCAACCCGGACAAGACGUACUACCUCCAACCCCCGGCCCUCUGGUCCGCCGGCGAACUCGCCUCCGCCAUCCUCUGCGGCUGCAUGCCCGCCACCGCCGCCUUCGUCAACCACGUCUCGCCCAAGCUGGCCCGCACGUGGAGCCUCUACCUGCGCCCGUCGCCGGACGGCACGCCCCGGGCCGGGGGUGCGCCGCGGGCCCCGCUGCCGAGGAGCAGUUGGAGAGCGCCCAGGGCGUGGAACGAGAGUUAUCUGUUGAGGAGUGGGAGUGAUGGGGAGGGGGAGGUGGGGAUGAGGCAGCUGCUCCUCCACAAGCCCCUCAUCCUGAUUCCACCGAUCGGCCCUCUUGUCCAGCUUCCCGAACGGCGCAACAUAUCCCCCACCUCCUCACCGGUAGCGCAGAACAGCGUCGACGUCGCCCCGUCGGCUACGGAGAGCGUGCCCGGCAUGAGACCCCUAGACGCGGGUUCCCGACAGCGCUGCGUCACAUGCGACGUUGAUGAUGCGGACACGGUUCUUGGGACUGCUAGAGGCGGCCGUGGACCCGAGGAUCGGGAGCAGUGUUUUGGUAAGCAAGAAGGGGGCAAGGUGAUUGGUUUGCCAUUGUCUUUCGAAGCCGUCGGUCGUGAGUUGGAAGGGGACUGCCAUAAUCUGCAUUAG